GAGGCACGUGCGGCCGCGCACGUGUCCGCGUGGGGCCGCCGCAGCCCGGGCGGAACCGGCACCGGGACAGCGGCAGCGACGGGGACACCGGCACCGGCACCAGCGGCACCAGCGGCACCAGCGGCACCGGCACCAGCGGCACCAGCGGCACCGGCACAGCAGGGCGGCCUCAGCCCAGCGGCACCGCGGGACCUGACCCAGACACAGGCCCCCCCGGGGGCUGCCCCCACCGCCCCCCCUCCAGCCGCCCCGAUGGAGCCCCCCGCCCGCGCCUGCUCCUGCGGCUCCCCCGCCUCCAGCCCCGGGGGUCCCUCCGACAGCGAGGCCGAGGUGGGGGGACCCUCCCCAGCGCCCCCCAGACCUGAGCGGAGCCACAAGCGGCCGCGGGGCCCGGACAGAGGGUCCCCGGAGCUGCCGCCGUCCCCCCGCGGCGGGAAACGGCCCCGGAGGGGGGAGGGGCGGGAGGCCCCGCCCAGCGACGGCGACCGGCUCUUUGCCCAAAAAUGCCAGGAGCUGAGGGGCUUCAUCCAGCCCCUGGCAGAGCUGCUGGAGGGGCUGAAGAGGGGCCGGUAUGACAGAGGGCUGAGCAGCUUCCAGCAGAGCGUGGCCAUGGACCGGAUCCAGCGCAUCAUCGGGGUGCUGCAGAAGCCCGAGAUGGGCUCCCGGUACCUGGGGACGCUGCUGCAGGUCGAGGGGAUGCUGAGGCUCUGGUUCCCACACGUGGCCCCCAAACCCGCGCAGGAUGCGGCCCCCGCGCCCCCCCGCCGCCGCCCCCCCCGCCGGCCCCCCCGGGGCCCCCCGCUGCCGCCGCCUGCCUGGAGACACCCCCCCUUCCUCCUCCUCCUCCUCCUCCUCCAUCGCCUUGGGGACAUCACAUCGGGGUGGCCGCUCCAGGUGCCGCCCCAGGACCCCCCCGGCCUCCCCGACACCGGAUGCCUGACGCCCCCCAGGGACAGGGGUGUCUCUCCUGGAUCUCUUCAGCUUUGCCUUUCUGGAUGGUGUUUUUUAGACUGUGGACACUGAGACCUGCAGGCGGGUGGGGCCUGAACCCCCCCAGGAGCCCCAAAACCCUGCUGCGGGGGGGCUGGUGCCUUCGCCAGAGCGCAGCCCCCACCCCGGGGCAGGGAGCUUGUGCCUUGGGGGUGGGGGGAGUCUGGGCGGGGGGCUGGCACCUCCCCCAGGGCUUGUGCCUUCUCCCUGUGUGACGUUUUGGGGGGGGGCUGGUGUGUUGUGUGUCUCCCCCCUCUCCCUGGCCCCCUGAGUGGGGCUGCCCCACGGAUGGGCCCUGCUGGAAGCAAUAAAUGCCACGGGAGUGGUCAGGGCCA